UAAUACCGUGGAAUUUUCUGAGUCGUCAUCUUCUACUACUGCCGAAUCCUCACUUGCAGAACACACUCUUGGCCGAGGUAUGCGUUUCAAACGCACUUCGGUUUUAUUGCGGGACUUUGUCACACAUCAUGUACGGAAAUUGAGCCCAUCUCCGUCGACAUCUUCUUCUCUCGGUUCCUCAGGCAAUGAACCUCGUUCUUUCCGCGAGCCUAUGACUGAUCCCGGUUGGAAGGCAGCCAUGGAGAGCGAAAUUCGUGCUCUUGAGAGUAACCACACUUGGGAUAUGACCCAGCUCCCGUCCGGUAAAACGGCUCUUGGUUGCAAAUGGGUUUACAAAGUCAAAUAUCAUUCAAAUGGCACGGUGGAAUGACUUAAGGCGAGACUCGUAGUUCUUGGCAACCACCAGAGAGAGGGCAUUGAUUACACAGACACUUUUGCACCGGUAGCAAAGAUGGUUACGGUUCGGAUUUUACUUGCACUCGUUGCCGCUAAAAAUUGGGAAUUACAUCAGAUGGACGUCCACAACGCCUUUCUCCAUGGUGAUUUGGCUGAAGAGGUCUACAUGAAACCUCCGCUAGGAUUUUACCUGUCUCGGCCUGACCUAGUGUGCCGCCUCCGCAAAUCUCUUUAUGGUUUACGUCAAGCACCCCGAUGUUGGUUCGCAAAACUGACUAGUUCUUUGCGGACCUAUGAUUUCAG